UGAGCUUCCGGUGUACGUUUCUCACAUGUUUGAAAGGAAGUAAACAACGCGGGUGUCUGCUUACUUGAACGAAAAAUGCCGGUAGCAGAAGAUGAUUCAAGGAACGACAUUUUCUUUGAAGAUGAUGAUCUACCAUAUGAAGAAGAUAUUCUGAGGAACCCAUUCUCAGUGAAAUGUUGGCUCCGCUACUUGGAGCACAAAAAGGAGGCGUCCCGGGAGGUGGUCAACAUGAUAUAUGAGCGGGCGCUCAAGGAGCUGCCAGGGAGCUAUAAGCUCUGGUACAACUACUUAAAACUGAGGAGGACCCAAGUACGAGGCCGUUGUGUCACUGACCCAGCAUAUGAGGAUGCUAACAGUGCCUUUGAAAGGGCUCUUGUCUUCAUGCACAAGAUGCCCCGGAUCUGGUUAGACUAUUGCACGUUCCUCAUCGAUCAGGGGAAGAUCACACGAUCCCGUCGUACGCUGGACCGAGCACUCCGGGCUCUGCCUAUAACUCAACACAACAGAAUAUGGCCUCUUUACCUUAAAUUUGUUCGUAUGUAUGAACUGCCUGAGACCGCCGUAAGAGCCUACAGAAGACAUCUUAAGCUUCAGAAGGAAAACACAGAGCAGUACAUCGAGUACUUGAAGACGAUUGGCUGGCUGGAUGAAGCUGCAAUAAGACUGGCAGAUGUUAUCAAUGAUGAAACGUUUGUUUCAAGGGAGGGAAAAUCAAAACAUCAGUUGUGGAAUGAGCUGUGUGAGCUGAUCGCCAAGAACCCUGACAAGGUGACAUCACUGAAGAUUGAGCCAAUCAUCCGCCAGGGUUUGAAGCGCUACACGGACCAGAUUGGUGUUCUGUGGAACUCACUGGCCAACUACUAUAUUCGAGGCCGCCAUUUUGAGAGGGCGAGGGACAUCUACGAGGAAGCCAUUCAGACAGUGAUCACUGUCCGUGACUUCACACAGGUGUUUGAUGAAUACGCCAAGUUUGAGAAAAGUAUGAUCGCUGCUAAGAUGGAAGCUAUGGAGGAGGCUGGAGCAUCUGAUGAAGAUGACCUUGACCUUGAGUUACGGCUUGCAAGGUUAGAGAGCCUUAUGGAUCGGCGACCACUUCUUCUCAACAGCGUCCUUCUUAGACAGAAUCCUCACAAUGUCCACGAGUGGCACAAACGCGUGAAGUUGUUUGAAGAGAAACCAAGAGAGAUCAUCAACACAUACACAGAGGCGGUUCAGACAGUCGACCCUCAGCUGGCGUCCGGCAAGCCGCACACACUCUGGGUGGAGUUUGCCAAGUUCUACGAGAAUGCCAAACAAAUAGAGGAUGCUCGAGUGAUCUUUGAUAAGGCUGUGAAGGUUCCCUACAAGCACGUGGACGACCUCGCCUCUGUGUACUGUGAAUGGUCGGAGCUGGAGAUCAGACAUGAAAAUAAUGAUGAGGCUCUGAAACUGAUGCAGAAGGCAACCAUGCCACCACCAAGGAAGGUUGCUUACCAUGACGAGACGGAGACAGUGCAGUCAAGAGUCCACAAGUCUUUGAAAGUGUGGUCCUUGUACGCAGACCUGGAGGAAAGCUUCGGUACUUUCAAGUCAUGUAAAGCUGUGUAUGAUCGUAUCAUCGACCUCCGGAUUGCAACCCCGCAGAUCAUUAUCAACUAUGGCAUGUUCCUUGAGGAGAAUAAUUACUUUGAGGAGGCUUUCAAGGCCUAUGAGAAGGGAAUUGCAUUGUUCAAAUGGCCGAAUGUGUAUGACAUAUGGAAUACCUACCUCACCAAGUUCAUCGACAGAUACGUGAGUAAUGUACAUAUGAAAGGGCAAGGACCUGUUAUGUUAACAUUGUUACUCUAUGUCUCAGCUCUGUAUCUGCUGUACGCACGUCUGGAGGAGGAGCAUGGUCUGGCACGCCAUGCAAUGGCAGUGUACGAGAGAGCCACAAACGCUGUACUGCCAGAGGAACAAUAUGAAAUGUACAAUGUGUACAUCAAGCAGGCUGCAGAGAUCUAUGGUGUGACACACACAAGGUCCAUCUAUGAGAAGGCCAUCGAGGUGCUGCCCAAUCAAGAAGCCAGAGAGAUGAGUCUGAGGUUUGCUGACUUGGAGAGAAAGUUGGGAGAGAUUGACCGAGCACGAGCUAUCUACGCUCACUGCUCACAGAUCUGUGAUCCGAGGGUAGCACCAUCAUUUUGGGCAACAUGGAAGGAGUUUGAGAUCAAGCAUGGCAAUGAGGACACUGUGAGAGAAAUGCUGAGGAUCAAACGCAGCGUUCAGGCCAUAUACAACACACAGGUGAACUUCAUGUCAUCCCAGAUGCUGGCUGCAGCAGGUAAGGGGGAUGCACCAGCUGCAGCAGGUGGAGUUGUGGAGCCCAACGAGAUGCAGAAGCUGGAGGAGAAGGCUCGGCAGCUGGCAGAGGAGGCUGUGCGAGACCAGCCUCAGCAGCCCGACAAGAAACUACUGUUUGUCAGGAGCUCGACCACAGCAGAGGACAUUGGCGAGAUGGUGAAGACCGUCAACCCCGAAGAGAUCAACAUCGACUCUGACUUCUCCAGUGACGAUGAUGAGGAAGUGGAGGAGGUUGAAGUUCAGACACAGAUGAUCCCUAACAAGGUCUUUGGGGGACUUGUCAAUGAGGAUGAGGAUGACUGAGCAUCACCGAUCACAUCAAGCAGCCACAGUCGUAUCAUCAGCAUAGGGGGCAAUGGGGUAGCCUAGUGGUUAAAGCAUCAGCUCGUCACCCUGAAGACUGAGUUAGAUUCCCCACAUGGACACUUUGUGUGAAGCCCACUUGCUGUGUCCCCUGCCGUGAUGUUGCUGGACUCUUGCUAAAAACGACGUAAAAACCAUACUCACUCACUCACUCAUCAGCAGAGACUAUUCCAUGGCAGUCACAAUACUACUUGGUUCUUCAUGAUUUCAUAAUGGUGCAGGGCAGAUUGGUUGCCUCGUCAUCCAAGGUGCUGGAAUUAGCUGAGCAGAGUUAUAUCUCCUGGCAUGCCGGAAGCCUAAAUUCUGAAAUCACUUGUGUGUUUCCUGUGUAUCUAUCACCACUACUUGAUGGUACUUUGAUAUACUGUGCUGAUGAUGAACACUAAGACUGCCAAUACUUCAUGACUGUAAGAUAUUGAUGUGGAAUAAAUACUGAUACAUUCACAA